AUCUGUUUCCUCUGUACGUACUAUGUCAAGCUUCACAUGCAUUUCAUGUAUCGCAAAUCACUUGUUUGUCUCGCAUAAAUCUAUCGUGAGUCACACGAUCACUUCCGACAAUAUUCUUGUUUUCAGAUUUAUUCUACAAAAUCGUGAAAAAUGUACUUAUAAAUCGUACUCCUUUUUCCAUAAAAACGUUAAAAAAUCAUUGAAUUAUGACCGCGCUAUCGAGAUUAUUUCUCGAUUUAUCACAGCGAUAUAGACGUCAUCUUAUUUUCUUGCAUCGCAAAUUUUCGAAAAACCUUUCAACUGACUAUACAAAAGUCAAGGAGAAGAGUGUGAAAAAAUUGACGAGGAAAGAAAAAGAAAAUGUACAAAAAGACAACGAGGCUAAUGUCCAAGUAUGCAUCAUCGGCGGGGGAGUAACGCCUCUUUACACCGCGAUUCUUUUGAAGCAAUAUAAGAUUAUCAAAAGCAUACGUCUGGUGGAUACAAAGGGCUCCUCGUCAGAAGAUAUGUCAGAUAUGUCACAGUUGGAAACCAGCCCUCGUAUAAAUUACUUUCGAGAAAAGGAUAUAAAGCAUGCUCUCAGACAAGCGAACAUAGUUGCGCUCAUGGACGAGACUGAUGUCACCGCGGCAGGUAACACGAUGGUCCAGGAUGGUCAAUUCAAAUUGACGGCGAAUUAUGUGCGUCAGAUGACGGAUCAGAUAGUGCGCUUCUGCCCGGACGCCCUCGUGGCCGUGUUCGUGCGUCCUGUCACCGCUACGCUCGCAAUGGUCUCCGAGAUUUUCCGGUAUUCCAACGGGUGGAAUCCCGACCGGAUCGUCGGCUCAAUCGCGACGUACGGUGAACGGAUCGAAAAGAUGACGGCGGCAAUCCUUAACUUGGAGCGUGCGAGUCUCUCGGUGCCGCUGGCUGGCGGCGCCGACGUGCAAACUGUCGUGCCGUUACUGUCGCGUGCUGUUCCCUUUAAUCAAUUCACAAAUACACAACGCAAGACCGUGCUGCAAUCGUUUCGGACCGGUGACAAGGACAAGGAGGCAAGGACAGCAUUCGAUGAAGGUCCAUCGUUAUCGUCCGGAACAGCUGCUGCCAAGUUGAUAAUCAACCUCGCUGCCGGUCUAUCCGGGCGCAACAACGUCAUCACCUGCGCCUACGUACGAUCGGACGUAUUGCCGAUCUGUCGAUUUUUCACCAGCGAGGUAGAGCUAGGACCGGAAGGUGUCAAGCGAAAUUUUGGCUUGCCGAAAAUCUCGGCCGCGGAGGUACUUUUGAUCGAGCAAGCGAUACCUCUCAUUAACGAGCACGUCGACAUGGCGGUUGCCGCAGUCCGGAUGGAGAAGACGCGUACUAGGACGCGAUGACGGACUCGGGAUGUGACUUGUAUUUCAGAAAAUCUAGCAGAAUUGAAUCUUGUGCGAGUAUGUUGGUGAAACUCGGGGUGUUUCUAGUUUUAUUGCGACAGCUGUAUUCAACUUCAUAUCAUGCACUUCGUCGUAUAAGUUGUAACUUUAUUGUAAAUAAAGGAUAAAUGUAGCUUA